AUGUCUUCUCAACGGGUCAUCCAGGACUCUGACGACGACGAAAUCGGCGACGAUUGCUCUGACGUCGCAACAUCAAUCGACCCCCUCCAAGAUCCAUCGCUGCUAUAUGAUGCGCCUUCCACAUCCAACGAACGCGCGCGUCCCGCCGAGCACGGAGCAGAGCUGAUACCGACCUCCAUUCCAGAGUCCAAUCUUCCUCAGGUCGGUUUUGACAAGUAUCUGAGAUCUGAGUCGUCAAUUAUAGCUGGAGAUUAUGAAGAUGAAAGAAGGGUUUCCACCGCAGAUGCCGCGCCUGCUGGAGCACCCCAACCCAAUCGCGAAUAUUACGAUCAGCGCCCGGGCGAUAUUUUCGUUUAUCCGGCGAAUUCCAGCUUCGUUGUACCUGAUACGCUCCCAUUGACAGCCGACAUGCGACGGCCUGAAUCGCAGCAAUUGGGACACGUUGAAGCGACAGACGAACAUGAACACCCUUCGAAACGGCGAAAGAUAUCUUUUACUCAGGAUACACUGCAGGAAAAUUUGAGCGGUGGCACGUCAGGGGUAGGCGUAUCGUACGAUUUUUUUGCAUCCAUUGACCCCCACAGCCCGUCACAAGCGGCUACAGAGCUUCGGACUUCCAUUGAUCUUCCUCGCCAGGCACAACAAGCAGGUAGUGAAGAAUUGAUCCCUGAAAGAUUUGAAACACCCCCGCCUACGGUGCCACUCUCGGAGGAUGUUCUAUAUGACGAAGACCGAGCAAAAAAUGAGCCUCUACCAACGACAAUCAAUGAAUCCAAAGGUGAAAUAACAUGUGACCAAGGCCCUGCAUUCGAGACGGACAAUGAGGUGUUGGGAUCCAAAAAGAAAAGAGGACGGCCAAAGAAACAAGCACUUGCCGACAAGACUGAAGACCAAGUUGAGUUCGUUUCCGAUGGCAUAAUUGCUCCAGUCAACCAACCAAACAAAAAGAAACUCGGUAGACCCAAGAAACAGGACCGCGACACUUCACCUGAUGAACUUGCGAUGGAUGAAAUGAUGAAACACCAGACAGACGAUGUACGCGGACAAAAACCUAUCUCGAAACCCGACAAGCCGAAGAAGAAGAAAGUGAAGCGCAGCAAGACAACUUCUGAUUUACCAAACACAACCAGCCUACCAAACGACGAUCGUGAUAUGCGAUGGAUCGAUAAUUCGCUAGUGAUUGACCUGGAAAGCACAGAGUCCAAGCCAACGGCUGUUGAUGAAACUGCCGCUACCUCUAUUUCGAAAGAAGAACUUCCCACAAAGAAGGCAACCGGGGAUGAGAAAUCUACUACGAAUGAUACCAAGGCAGAGCCUAAAAAACGUGGCCGCAAGAAGAAAUCAACAGCUGAAGGACCUCCCGCGGCUUACGCCGAGUCUUCGACUGUCCUUCAGGACAUCUCAAACACGGCCCAUCUGUCGACAAAAGACGAACAUAACCCCAAUGGUGACCAGACAGGCGACUCAAACCCGAAUGAGAUCAGUGAAACCAAGCGUCCACAAAAAGGAAUGGAAGCCACCGUCCCUACCGCCGAGACACCGACGAAAAGUGAAUCUACCGCAGCAAAGGCUGAUGGAGAGAAUCCUGCUACAAUAAAACAAGCACCAGCAAAACCGAGUCCUAUUCUAAACACAGGCAAGGUACCUUACCGUGUAGGGCUGAGCCGACGAGCACGAAUCGCGCCGUUGUUAAAAAUAGUCAGAAAGUAA